CUAGCCUUUGCUAUUUAGUUCUCUGCUGCAUAGAAAUAGCUGCAAGCGUGACUGAGAGCCAUCAAAAUUAAGCAUCAGGAUUUCCUAGGAGGACAGAGUUAACAGGACAUCAUGGCCUCAGCGGGUCUCCAGCUCCUUGCUUUCAUCCUGGCCUUAUCUGGGGUCUCUGGGGUGCUCAUGGCCACUCUGCUGCCCAACUGGAAGGUGAAUGUGGAUGAGGGCUCCAGCAUCCUCACAGCCAUCGUGCAGCUGCACGGGCUCUGGAUGGACUGCACGUGGUACAGCACUGGUAUGUUCAGCUGCGCCCUGAAGCACUCCAUUCUGGCCCUCCCUGUCCACGUGCAGGCUGCGAGGGCCACCAUGGUCCUGGCAUGUGUUCUGUCUGCUUUGGGGAUCUGUACCUCCACAGUAGGAAUGAAAUGCACUCGCUUAGGGGGGGACAGAGAGACCAAGAGCCAUGCUUCCUUUGCUGGAGGAGUCUGUUUCAUGUCUGCAGGAAUCUCUAGCUUAAUUCCGACGGUGUGGUACACAAAGGAGAUCAUAGCAAACUUUCUGGAUCUGACAGUUCCAAAAAGCAACAAACACGAACCUGGAGGAGCUGUCUACAUUGGAUUUAUUUCGGCACUGCUGCUGUUCAUCUCGGGCAUAAUUUUCUGUACUUCCUGUAUAAAGAAGAAUACAGAAGCUUGGCUCUACCUGCCUAGGCAACAGCCUCUCUCCACCACACAGCUAGAGAACAAUUCAGCACACAACCUGAAGGACUAUGUGUAAAUAACUGUGAGAGGUACAUGGAUGAAACUUUUGGGUGCCAAGUGGGGCUUUAUUUUACAUUUAAAAAAAUCAGAAUUAUGCUUAACUUUCGCCACAAAGAAAGUAGAGUAUAAAAUACUUUUAAAACUAUGAGGUAGUUUUAAAUGGCAACAAAAUUAUCAUAUACAA